AAAUGUGGUGGUCGAGGAAGACACACACACAGAUACAUGCAUCAUCACCAUCAAGACAAGUAUCUCUGAACAACUUAACUGUUGGGUGGACAAGACACAAAGCAUCUUUCACUCUCAAAAUGCUAACCCUCAUUCACAAUGCUAUUCCUUCUUCGUUUUCUUCGUUCUCAGUUUCUCCCUUUCAUGCCAAUUAUCACCUUUCCUCUCAAACUCAGUUAUUGGUUCCUUCCAAUCUUAAUUGCCCCUUUAGUACUACAGCAACAAGAAAGUUUAGAACUUUUCAACUCAAGGCUGGAUUUUGGGAGUCAAUUAAAUCUGGGUUUACGAAGACUAACACAACACAGGUCAUCGAUCCACAGUCCAUAGAUGAAGAAGAUGAAGAACCUCUACCUCAGGAGUUUGUCCUUGUUAAAAAGACAGAACUUGAUGGAACAGUUGAGCAAAUAAUAUUCUCUUCGGGUGGAGAUGUUGAUGUUUAUGAUCUUCAAGCCCUCUGUGACAAGGUAGGGUGGCCGCGUAGGCCAUUGUCAAAAUUAGCUGCUGCUUUGAAAAAUAGCUAUAUAGUAGCCUCUCUGCAUUCUAUACGAAAAUCACCUGGGUCAGAGGGGAAUGAACAAAAGAGAUUAAUUGGCAUGGCCCGUGCUACGUCUGACCAUGCCUUCAAUGCCACAAUUUGGGAUGUUGUAGUUGAUCCUGGCUACCAGGGCCAAGGUCUUGGUAAAGCUCUUGUAGAGAAACUGAUUCGAACUCUUUUGCAAAGGGACAUUGGUAAUAUUACUUUGUUUGCAGAUGGUCAAGUUGUGGAAUUUUAUGGCAAUUUAGGUUUUCAAGCUGACCCAGAGGGCAUAAAAGGCAUGUUUUGGUACCCAAAUAACUAAUUUCAACCCUGCAAAAGCUUGCUUAUGCUUCAUUUACAUUAGCUUACAUUGCAACCAUGGAAUACAUAAGGGAGCACCAGUGGCAAGUGUGAAAUCUGAAACUGUAAAAUCUGGACAUCAAUCCUGUAAUUAUUGUGUCAGGUUCCAGCAAGAUAAUUGUGAGGCUUUGGUUAAAGAACCAGAUUUGUUUUUAAGCUAGUGUACCUUCUUUAUAUAUGAAAAGCCUUACAACAUCAGCUACUGCUGAGUUAGUGGACCUUAUUUUUUUUGGUUGAAUGCAAUGGUUGUAUUAUGUUAAGUUGGCGGUUUCUUCUGUUGUAUGCCUCAUGUUUGUAUUGUCUAAUGAAGUGAUGGACCUACGGCAAUGACAGGAUGCCCUGAAUAAUCAAUUCCAAAGUCUCACGAGA